GAUCCCAUGACAACGUAACAGUAUUGUGAAACUCUAAAGUUAAAGUUCAGUGGGCUGUAGGACAUACAGCAUCUGCAGCUUCACGGCCAGGAGCUUGCGGUCAUUUCACCACCGGACUUAAAAAAUAAGAGAGCAUGGGUGAGUGGAGUUUCCUAGCGUCUCUCCUUGACAAGGUCCAGUCCCACUCCACGGUCAUCGGGAAGGUCUGGCUCACAGUGCUCUUCAUUUUCCGGAUCAUGGUCCUCGGGGCCGGAGCAGAAAAGGUGUGGGGUGAUGAGCAAUCCCAAAUGAUCUGUAACACCAAGCAGCCAGGCUGCAAGAACGUGUGCUACGACCACGCCUUCCCCAUCUCCCACAUCCGCUUCUGGGUGCUGCAGAUCAUCUUCGUGUCGAGCCCCACGCUGGUGUACCUCGCUCACGUCCUCCACGUUAUCCACAAGGAGAAAAAGCUGAGGGAGCGUAUGCAGACCAGCAGCGAGCCGACCAAGAACCCAAAAUACUCGGACGACAAAGGUCACGUCAAGAUCAAAGGGGACCUUCUGGGCAGCUACCUGGCCACCAUCUUCUUCCGGAUCCUUCUGGAGGUGGCGUUCAUCGUAGGGCAGUACUAUCUGUACGGCUUCGUCAUGGACCCCAGAGUGGUGUGCUCCAGAGCACCCUGUCCCUUCACUGUGGAGUGCUACAUGUCCCGGCCGACCGAGAAGACCAUCUUCAUCAUCUUCAUGCUGGGGGUGUCCUGCGUGGCCCUGCUGCUCAACGUUCUGGAGGUCUUCUACCUGCUGUGCAGAGGCAGGUGCUCCAAGAGACGGCACGUGGCCCCCUUUACCAUGCCCAGCCACUCGGCUGUCCUGGAGAUGAAGCAGGUGCCCCGGACCACCUAAUUCUAAUGUGAGGAUCAUGGAUGGACCCGUAGAGGGCAGCUCCACCAGCUGGGAGGUCCUCACACCUUACAACACAUUGCAACGGGCAGGUCAAUACAUUUACAAUAAGGGCGUUUAGCAGACAGCUUUUAUCCAAAGAGACUUACAAUAAGUACAUUUGUCAGAGAAGGAGAAACCACAAUAUAUCUCUGUCGGUACCGUAAGGAUGUUUAUGGAACCAAGUGCCAAGCACUUACAAUUGUUAGGUGGAUCCACUCCCCAUACACAACAACGAUAGCUAGAAUACAAUGCUACACAACUAAGUACUGUAACUAAGGACGAGUCGACAUACAAUGUCAGGUCAUAGAGAAACUUGGUUAUUUGAUACUCAUAUUAAGUACACAAACCUUGAGAACACUAUACGUUUAUACUACAUGGAAACUUUGAUGAUACCUUCUAAAACGUGACUUUGUUUAAUAUAAGAGGCGGGUCUGAAGGUCGAUAUGGCACCACAUUUUGUAGCAAGAAAUACGUUUUUUGGUGUUACUUUUUUGGGCUUAUAACAUCCUUAAAGGGUUUUUUAAGGAUGUUAUAAGUCUAGUAUACUACCAUGUAUUACUAUAGAUUCUAGUAUAAUUGCUACUAAAUGCUCAAUAUUAUUUUUUAAUCUAUUUAAAUAAUAAUAUCUAUGCAUUAAGCACUUUAGUUUACCUUGUCAGAGACCUUUAGAGGCUACCACUGAUGAAGUAUGAUCAAGUAUGAUGCAAGAUCUCUAUCCAUCAAUAAUGUUAUGUUCUACUACCAAUCCUAUUUAUUUUCUUAUCAUUUCCCAGUCGUUCUUAUUCCAGAUUAGUUUCCUGUGUAAGUCCUUUAUUGGCCUCUGGACGGGGUCCGUGAGGGAAUGAGUUAAUGCCACGACUCUUUGGGCCGAGUCUCUUCUGUGGCGCAUUUUGGAGACAUUUCUGCUUUCUUGUUCAAUGACGUCGCCCAACAACCGUAACAUCAAAUGUUAUGUUUUAUAUAUUUUACUUGUCAUCGAAUCAAUUAUUUUCUUUGUGUUUUAUCUUCGGAAUCAUAGCAAAAUAUGAGGUUAAAGGAAACGCCCACUUACUAAAUGUUGAACAUCGAAAAAUGUUAAUAAAACAAUACAAUUGAGUGAAA